AUGAGAAUUAUUUCAGAUAGUUUUUUCCCAGAAUACGAUUACUAUGGGAGCGUGUUUUUCGAAGGUAGAUUAGUAGAAAGGUUGUUUAAUUCAAACGAAGAAGAGGAAGAUCCAGUGAAUGCCCCAAUAGAACAGGAACAGAAUAACGAACAAAAUGCAGAAAACACUGAAUGCAAACCAGAACUAAGAGAUGAAGAACAAGUUAAAGAAAAAUUAGAGAACCUCGAAACACAAGAAAAAGAAUGUCAAGCUAUAUAA